AUGGCAAGCGGAAAAGCAGCCAAGCCAAAUCUCCCCGAAUCGAACAUCGCCAUCGGUAUUGACCUUGGUACCACCUAUUCCUGCGUCGGAGUAUGGAGAAACGAAAAUGUAGAUAUCAUUGCCAAUGACCAGGGAAACAGAACCACUCCCUCCUAUGUUGCCUUCACUGACACGGAGAGGCUAAUCGGAGAUGCCGCUAAGAACCAAGUGGCAAGGAACCCAGAAAACACUGUUUUCGAUGCUAAGAGGUUAAUUGGAAGGAAGUUCACUGAAUCUUCUGUGCAGAGCGAUAUGAAACACUGGCCCUUUACCGUUAAAUCCGGUGUUGAUGAGAAACCCAUGAUUGAAGUGAGCUAUCAAGGAGAGAAGAAAUUAUUUCACCCCGAAGAAAUCUCUUCUAUGGUUUUGCAAAAGAUGAAAGAGAAUGCCGAAGCCUUCUUAGGAAAGUCUAUAAAAAAUGCAGUCAUCACCGUCCCAGCUUAUUUUAAUGAUUCACAAAGGCAAGCCACCAAGGACGCAGGUACCAUUGCUGGUUUGAAUGUUAUGAGAAUCAUUAACGAGCCAACCGCAGCUGCUAUUGCAUAUGGUCUUCACAAAAAAGGAAAGGGUGAAAAGAACAUUCUGAUCUUCGAUCUUGGAGGAGGAACUUUCGAUGUAUCCCUCCUUACUAUUGAAGAUGGAAUUUUCGAAGUGAAGGCUACAGCUGGAGACACUCACUUGGGAGGAGAAGAUUUUGACAACAGAUUGGUCAACUUUUGUGUUGAAGAUUUUAAAAGAAAAAAUAGAGGAAAGGAUUUAUCCAAAAAUAGCAGAGCUUUGAGAAGAUUACGAACUCAGUGUGAGAGAGCCAAACGUACCUUGUCCUCCUCCACACAAGCCACCAUCGAAAUUGAUUCCCUCUUUGAAGGUAUCGACUACAGUGUAACAGUAAGCAGAGCCAGAUUUGAGGAAUUAUGUAUCGAUUACUUCCGUGAUACGCUAAUCCCUGUUGAGAAGGUGUUGAAAGAUGCAAUGAUGGACAAGAAGAGCGUGCACGAAGUUGUUCUUGUUGGUGGUUCCACAAGAAUUCCCAAAAUUCAAACACUCAUUAAGGAAUUCUUUAACGGAAAGGAAGCCUGCAGAUCAAUCAACCCUGAUGAAGCCGUUGCAUAUGGUGCUGCAGUGCAAGCAGCCAUUUUGUCCGGUGACCAAUCCAAUGCCGUACAAGACUUGUUGCUCUUAGAUGUGUGCUCCUUAUCCCUUGGUUUGGAAACCGCAGGAGGAGUUAUGACCAAGCUCAUUGAGAGAAAUACCACGAUCCCCGCCAAGAAGAGUCAAAUCUUCACUACCUAUGCUGAUAACCAACCAGGAGUGUUGAUCCAAGUGUACGAAGGAGAAAGAGCCCUAACCAAGGACAAUAACCUUUUAGGUAAAUUUCACCUAGACGGUAUCCCACCUGCCCCAAGAAAAGUUCCACAAAUUGAAGUUACCUUUGACAUUGAUGCCAAUGGUAUCCUUAAUGUCACUGCUGUUGAAAAGUCUACUGGAAAGCAGAACCAUAUUACCAUUACGAAUGACAAGGGAAGAUUGUCCCCAGAAGAAAUUGACCGUAUGGUGAACGAUGCUGAAAAAUACAAAGCAGAGGAUGAAGAAAAUAAGAACAGAAUUGAAGCAAGAAACAGCCUUGAAAAUUACUGCUACGGAGUAAAGAGCUCAUUAGAGGACCAGAAAAUAAAAGAGAAAUUGCAACCAUCUGAAAUUGAAACUUGCAUGAAGAGCAUCAGUAGCAUAUUGGAGUGGUUAGAGAAGAACCAAUUAGCUAGCAAGGAAGAAUAUGAGUCCAAGCAAAAGGAAGCUGAGUCCGUUUGCGCUCCCAUCAUGUCCAAGAUAUAUCAGGAUGCCGCUGGUGCAGCUGGCGGAAUGCCCGGUGGAAUGCCCGGAGGUAUGCCAGGAGGCAUGCCCGGCGGUGGAAUGCCAGGUGGAAUGAAUUUCCCAGGUGGCAUGCCAGGUGGCGGAAUGCCCGGAGGUGCUCCCGCUGGAAGUGGACCCACUGUCGAGGAAGUCGAUUGA